UAGUCAGAGAAACCCAUAAACUUUGAGUCACACAUCAGCAUCCCCCUCAUCAAAAUAAGCACUUUUCUAUCCAACCAAAACAGCCUCAUGUUUUUUCUUUAACCAUAACCUCUUAUUCUCUUCAUCUAAUCUCUCAAACUAAAAAAAACACAAGAGAAUCAAAAUCCCAUUUGAUAAUGUUCUACAAAACCAUCAAAUAAUAUACUUUCCCCCCUCUUAUAAUCCUCUGAGUUUCCCAUUUGGAAAUUCACUUCAAGAGAGAGUUUUAGUACUUAACCAAAAAAUGGCAGUGUGCACAGUUUACAAUGUGAAGUCUCUGAAUUCUAACUACUCAAUCUCAGCACCAGCAAAAACCCACCUGGGAUUUCACCAAAAACAAGUCUUUUUCUACAGCACUGGCUCCAAGAAAGCAAACUACAAGAGAUCAGGCAGCUCUGAAAUAACAUGUGCAGCAGACUCUGGCACAAUUGUGAUUGGCUUGGCAGCUGAUUCAGGCUGUGGAAAGAGUACUUUCAUGAGGAGGCUGACAAGUGUUUUUGGAGGUGCUGCAGAGCCACCAAAGGGAGGCAACCCUGAUUCCAACACUCUGAUAAGUGACACUACAACUGUGAUAUGUUUAGAUGAUUAUCACUCACUUGACAGAACUGGAAGAAAAGAGAAGGGAGUGACAGCACUUGACCCAAAAGCCAAUGACUUUGAUCUUAUGUAUGAACAAGUUAAGGCUAUUAAAGAAGGUAUUGCUGUUCAGAAGCCAAUUUACAACCACGUCUCUGGCCUUUUAGACCCUCCAGAGCUCAUCAAGCCCCCGAAGAUCCUUGUCAUUGAAGGACUGCACCCAAUGUAUGAUGAAAGGGUGAGGGAUCUCUUGGACUUCAGUAUCUACUUGGACAUCAGCAAUGAGGUUAAGUUUGCAUGGAAGAUCCAGAGAGACAUGGCAGAAAGAGGACACAGCCUUGAGAGCAUAAAAGCCAGUAUUGAAGCCCGAAAACCAGAUUUUGAUGCUUACAUUGAUCCACAAAAGCAAUAUGCAGAUGCAGUUAUAGAAGUUUUGCCAACACAGCUUAUUCCCGACGAUAAUGAGGGGAAAGUCCUGAGAGUUAAGCUGAUAAUGAAAGAGGGAGUGCAGUUUUUCAGUCCAGUUUACCUGUUUGAUGAAGGUUCAACCAUUUCUUGGAUACCUUGUGGCAGAAAACUUACUUGCUCUUACCCUGGCAUCAAAUUUGCCUAUGGCCCUGACUCCUACUAUGACAAUGAGGUUUCUGUGUUGGAGAUGGAUGGACAAUUCGACAGAUUAGAUGAGCUCAUCUACGUCGAGAGCCAUCUGAGCAACAUUUCAACCAAGUUCUACGGUGAGGUAACACAACAGAUGCUAAAACAUGCUGAUUUCCCUGGUAGCAACAAUGGAACAGGUCUUUUCCAGACCAUUGUUGGAUUGAAAAUCCGAGACCUCUAUGAGCAACUUAUUGCCAGCAAGUCUGGAACUCCAGUGGCCACGAAAGCCUAAAAAAAUUGCUAGAGGUACUCGGACAUAGCACUGUGUCACCUGAUAUUUUUAUCCUCCGCAUAUAUCUGUAAAAUUCGUAUUCAUCCACCUAAAAUUUUCAUUUUUUAGCCAAACUAUUUCUCCCAAGGAUGAGGUAAAUCCUUAUGUAUUUAGGUCCGGUCAUUCUGUGGAACCUUGUAAUAUAGAGAAAACAAUGCAGAAAUGAAACACGAACAUAUUUAAUUCUCUGCAA